CUAACCACAAAGCCGCAACCAUGAAGCCCGUCCUAGUUUGUACCAUUGUGAUCUUCAACAUCGUGCUAUCAGUUUCGAGUGCAGAAGUCUACAGCAUUGCCAACCAAAAAGGGGACUACGUUCGAAAAGAAGCAAUCAAGGCAGAUCUGCCCGGAGUUGAAAGUGUAAAAGUAUUAAAGCCCGGUUUUCCGACAACGGGGUCCAAUUCUCAAAACAAGGAAAUCGGUAACAUCAACACGAUAAUCAAAAUGCCUAUGAUAUCGAAGACUGUUCUACAACCAGGGGGCAAUAUGGGAGCGCGAAAUUCCUCCGGAACAAUCAAGGGCAUUAUUGGGCGGCUCACCAAACCAUUACAAUGCUUCGGAUCACAGCCAGCAGUGCCACUUGUGGACGCAACUGGGCCACUAGAGGGUGAUGGGGAUUCAAAAUUUAUUAAACUACCAAUGAGACCUGUAGUAAUUUCUGACGCACCUAAGCCGAGCAAUUGAAGUGUAGAAUUAUAGAAAAAAGUAAAUAAACGGAUAAUGGAGAGAUUUCUGUGGAGACUA